AUGUCCGACGACGUCAUUGCCCGAUACGAAUACCUCAAGAACCACCCAGGCCAUGCCGAAUUCAAGCCGUUCACGUUCCACGGCAAACCGACGUCGAUCCGUACUCUAGCCGGCGGCUUCCUUAUAAUUGUCGGGCUGGGAUUCUUCAUCUACGGCAUUAUCGAGAAAAUCCAGCUGGCCCAGGAUAAGGCAAAGCUGGAGUCCAAAAAGGAGACUGAUCUGGACGUUCCAAAGAUUGAGACGGAAGAAGUGCCAAAGAUUGAGACGCAAGAGGUGCCAAAGAUUGUGACGGAAGAGGUGGCCCCAGACACCAAGGUGGCGGCGAAAUAG